AACUUCAUCCGAUUCGCAGAAAUAUAUUUUCCUUCCUGAAUCAAAGCUUGCCCAGCAACAGCACUUGAGAAUCGGUAUCGAAGGUGAAUAUGGCCCAAGCUGUGGCGUUGAUGGCUGGCUUACGUGGCUCCUCUCAGGCCGUGCUGGAAGGCAGCCUCCAGUUUAGCGGCGGCUCGACCCGCCUGAGCAUCGGCGGCGGAAACCGGGUCGGCUUGGCCAGGCCUGGCUUCAGCAUUAGAGCUCAACAGGGUUCGGCCGAUGCCGAGACUAGUAGCCGGAGGGCAGUCCUCGGUCUGGUUGCCACCGCUUUGGCUUCGGGUUCUUUUGUCCAAGCAGUGUGGGCCGAAGUCAGGGCGAUCAAGGUGGGCGGGCCUCCCCCGCCGUCCGGCGGACUGUCUGGAACCCUGAACUCUGAUGAGCCAAGAGAUCUCGACCUUCCGUUGAAGGACAGAUUCUUCAUUCAGCCCCUGACCCCGGCACAGGCGGCAGCCAGGGCGAAGGAGUCGGCCAAGGAAAUCGUCAACGUGAAGUCGUUCAUAGACAAGAAGGCGUGGCCGUACGUCCAGAACGAUCUCCGCCUCAGGGCCGAGUACCUCCGCUACGACCUCAACACUGUCAUCGCCGCGAAGCCCAAGGGGGAGAAGAAGUCGCUCAAGGAACUCACCGGCAAGCUCUUCCAGACCAUCAGCAAUUUGGACCAUGCGGCGAAGAUCAAGAGCACCCCGCAAGCGGAGAAAUACUAUGCUGAGACUGUAUCUAGCCUUAAUGAUGUUCUUGCCAAGCUUGGCUAAAGCAAGUUUGUGAAUUUGUCACCCUUUAUCGGACACUUUGUUAAGGUUAUUUGAAGGGAUUUCUUUUUCCUAA